AUGUCAAAUGCACUAUUUCUGAGAGCCGGGUGGCCCUAUGAUAACGACCGGCUGCUGGUGGACGCUGCGAACAGCACCUAUGCCAUUCGCAAUCAAAUCACGCCCCGUGGCGUGCGGGCGUUGUGGAACAAUUUAUGCAGCUACAUCAGCACCUCGCUGCGGUGCCACAAGGGCGUGCUGCUGCCGGGGCUCGGGAUGUUCGUCGUGGGCCAGGCUCUGGAGGACCGCUACGCCGCGUUUAAGCGGUUCCGGCCCAGCUUCAGCCUGCUGGACGGGCGGUUUGGUGGCGUGUCGCAGGAGCGCGGCAAGUACCGCCUAAUGAACCGGACACCGAUUGUGCAGCUUCAUUACCAGGCGCUCGCGCAGGCCGCGCAGACGCAUCGCGCCGUCGCGCAGCACGUGGUCGUGGAGAUACUGCAGCGCCUGGCCGAACACAUCGUGGCGGGGCACAGCCUCAAGGUCGAAUUCUCGGGCGUGGGGCAGCUGGUGCGCAACCGUGCGGGGCGCAUCGAGUUCGUUUUUGACAGCGGCCUGGUCGAGGCCCUGGAGCUCGGGGUGCGGCCGGAGUCGCCCAGCUACAGCAUAGCGGAGCUGCCUGAAUUACAUGAACCGGCUGCUGCCAGCAGGCCCGCCUCGCGCGCCACGCCGCCGCCCGCCGCGCGCGCGGCGACGCCGCAGCUGCAGCUGCAGCUGCCGCCGCCGCAGCCGCCGGCGCCGGUGCUGCAGCCGCAGGGGCUGUCCGGCGCUGACCUGGCGUACGACGCGCCGGUGGUGGCGGUGGGGUCGGUGGGUGACCAGUUUGGGGACGUGCUUCAGCACCUUCUGCGCCUCUGCCGCUCUGCAGACAGUGCGGCCCCGCGCCGCCCGCUGCGUGGCCGAGCUCGGAUCAAGCGCCGCCCCGUGCGGCUGGACGCGCGCAGGACCCGCAGCGGCGCGGUGGCGCGGGCCCAGCUGGAGGCGUGGCUGCAGAAGGACUGCCGGGAGGUGCUGCAGGCGGUGGACGGCGCCACCAUGCUGGACCUGCUGACGUUACACACCUAUGGCACCACCGGGCGCUUUGUUCACUACCUGACUUUCACUCAGGACUUGGAAAUGACCAUUGUGGGACGCCACAUGCAGCAACAGCACCAGCAGCAGCAAGCGCUUAUCCGGCCAAGCUCUGGCCCCCAGCAGGCGCUGGCGCCUUUCGGCGCGCCCUCGCCGGCGCCGGCUCCGCAGCAGCAGCAGCAGGCGCAGCGGUUCGUAGUUCAGCACUCGCCGCCGCCGCCGCCGCCGCAGCAGCAGCAGCAGCAGCAGCAGCAGGAGCAGCGGCGGCCAGCCGCGCCGCUCAUUGUGGAGGAUAUCACCCCACAGUUUCAGCAAGACUCGUACGCUGCGCCCUGGCCCGCGGCGGGCGCCCCCGGCGCGGGCGCGCCCCCCGGCAGCCCGCCGCCGCCGCCGCUGAACCACUACCUCCAGAACAUGAUAUCGCCGCGCUCCAGGGCGGAGUAUGAUGAGUUCAAUAAGUACCACUUCGGGCGGCUGAGGCAGGGGCGCGACCGGCGCGCCAUCACGCCGAAGGCGCGCCGGGGGCGGGGGGUGCGGGCGUCCGACGCGCGCAGCGGGCUGGUGGGCGAGGAGCCGCUGAACCGAGAUGAGGUGGCGCAGUACAGGGCGGAGCUGCGCAGCCCGCAGGUGGCGGCAGGGAUCGCGGAGAGGGUCAAGCCCACAAACCAGCUGGACCACGUGAGCGACCUCCUGCACUCCCGCCGCCCCGCGGCCCAGCAGCGGCUGUACGCGGCGCCGGUGCAGCGCUUUGUGCUGCCGGAGCGCGACCACCUUGGACAGGGCGGCGCGUCAGAGGGGUACGGGGGAUACGGCGACGGAUGGUGA